ACUUGAAUCAAGAGUGGAGGAAAGUUUUCGCAGACGGGACAGCGUUGCCUAGCAGCCAGGCAGAGGACUCUUGUGACUUCACGUUGCCCUUUUGUUACCCGUUUAUCGAGGGACCGCGGAUAUUUCCCCCUCUCUGUCUGCCUGCCAUCCGUACCUGCUUCCCUCUCGCAGUCUUUAUCGCCAAACAUGACCCAGAGCGUGACACUAAAGGGACCCUCUCCUUGGGGUUUUCGACUGGUGGGUGGACGAGAUUUCAGCACACCGUUAACCAUCUCCAGGGUAACACCAGGCAGCAAGGCGGCCCAAGGUGACCUGUGUCCAGGUGACACCAUCUUGGCUAUAAAUGGCGACAGCACAGAGCUCAUGACACACAUGGAAGCUCAGAACAGGAUCAAAACCUGCACUCAGCAGCUCACACUCAACAUCAGCAGGUCGGGAUCAGGAGACAGAGUGUGGUCGCCAACCGUCAGUGACGAUGGCAAGACAAGCCCAUACAUGGAGCCUGACUCCCAGAAUUUCCGUCCCAUCACCAGCGGAUAUGGCGGUUCCAGUCGCAAACCUUCGUAUACCGCUGAACCCCAGCACCUGCAGGCUCCCCAGUACCCGCAGGCUCCCCAGUACCCACAGGCUCCCCACUACCCACAGGCUCCCCACUACCCACAAGCUCCCCAGUACCAACAGGCUCCCCAAUCCCCACAGGCUCCCCAGUACCCACAGGCUCCCCAAUCCCCACAGGCUCCCCAGUACCCACAGGCUCCCCAGUACCCACAGGCUCCCCAAUCCCCACAGGCACUCCAGCCCACUCACCUGAAUAACGGACACUCCAGACCCAACAACGGCCACAGCUAUGGAUACGGGAACGGAACCGGUCACACUCAGUUUAACAACCCAGCAGGACUUUAUCAUAAUGGCAGCAAUGGAGACAGAUCUCUGCCAAGCAAGAUGGGAGGCCUUAGCCUCAGUACCACACAUAGCCCUGAACCUCCCACACAAUCCCCUACGGGCCGUAAUGGUUUUGACCCCCAGUCAGACGUCUACAAGAUGCUGCAGGACUACGAGGAGCCCGUCUCUGCACCCAAACAGUCCGGCUCCUUCAAAUACCUCCAGGGAAUCCUGGAGGCUGAGGAUGGAGGUGUGUCCCCAACAGACAGAAUGAGAAACUUAAAGUCUCCAAUCAGGUCUCCAAUCCCCAAACUGGGAAGCCCAAUCCCCAGCCCCAUGUCUGGUCUUCAGAAGCUACCCCAGUGCACACGCUGUUGUAAUGGCAUUGUUGGCACCAUUGUGAAGGCCCGGGACAAGCUCUACCACCCCGAAUGCUUCACUUGCGAUGACUGCGGCGUCAACCUUAAGCAGAGAGGCUACUUCUUCAUCGAGGACAGUCUGUACUGUGAGACCCACGCCAAGGCCCGCGUCCAGCCCCCAGAGGGCUACGACGUUGUUGCAGUUUACCCUAACUCCAAGGUGGAGCUAGUCUGAGAUGGAGACGGAGUUCGCUAAACUGUAACAUAACUGGGAAACUAAGAUCUGAGAGAAUGGAGCUACUGAGUAUCAGAGCCUACAUUUAUCAGGCUCUGUCAAACAGGAAUGCCGAUCUUGGAUCAGUUGCCUUUGGGAGAGUCUUAUAAAAUGUAUGUUUCAGUGAUCCAAGAUCAGCAUUUCUACACUGACAGUCUUGAUAAAUACUAUGUAUUAUUGAGCAUAUUGAAAUAUGUUGACAGAAUAAGCCUUGGAUCUGAUGAGAAUCCCAAAACUCCAACCCAUUAAA